ACUGCUGUCUGAUUUCGUCUGCUUUUGUUAUUAGUUGUAAUAAAACCGUGCGACUUGUGGAUUUAAAAUGUCUUGUUUUCCUUUUCCUCUUUGAAGUGAAAAUAUUUACCAAAAAUUGUUUUGAAUAUCAUGCAGAUAUAUUUUACUAAACUUUCUUUUAUAAUGCUAUAAAAAUGUCAUGUUUAAUUGGAGCCGCAAAUUUAAAAAUUUUCGGUAAAGCUUUUCAUGCAUUGAUACGCAUUGCUGAUGACUUGUAUAUAGAAGCUCUACCGUCUGGAUUAGUUUUUCACACUGUCAAUUCAUCCAAAUCUGCAUAUGCUUGUUUUACAUUUAAACCAGAUUUCUUCAUAUCUUAUAGAGAUGAUUCAGCUGAAAAAAGAAAAGUGUUGCUUAAGUCGUGUUUGAUGGCAUUUCGGUCCUUGCCACAUUUAGAAAAAACUGUUGAAAAGUUUCUGUUUGAUUUAACAUCCUCAUCAGAUUAUCUACUUCUCAAAUUCUUUUGCAAACAUGGUAUGGUUAAGAUAUAUCAACUGCAUUAUGUGGAGAAUGAAACUGUGCAAGGUUCAUUUCCAACUAGUGGAUUCUUAUGUCAGCUAAAUGCUUCAUCACGUUUGCUCCAUGAUGGUAUUCAAAAUUUCAGUACAUCAGUUGAAGAAGUAACUUUAACAGUUUGUUCAAAUAAGGUUUUAUUACGAAACUAUGUUGAUGAUGAGCCAGAUCCAAAUAAAGUUGUGCAUACAGAAUUAACAUUAGAAUCAGAAGAAUUUGAAUUGUUUGAAGUUGACCAAGAAACAAAAAUUACAUUUUGUUUAAAAGAAUUGAAAGCUGUGUUAAAUUUUUGUGAAGGUUUUAAUGUUCCUGUUUCAAUCAAAUGCCAAACAGGAGGAAGACCAAUCACAUUUAGCGUAACUGGGUUACGUGGGGUUGAUGUGCAGUUCGUAUUAGCAACUUUAGCUGACAGAGAAAGUCAAUCGUUAUCUUCUAGUUGUGUUUCUAGAAGUUCAGUUGCUCAGACAUCACAGAUUGUCAAAAAUUUGCAUACAGAGAAAAAGAGAAAUAAUGCAGACACUCAGAGUAUAUCAAGCAAUUCGCAAGCUAAUUCAUUCAGUAGUUCUCUUCCAAAUUCAUCUACUACACAUAAGGUUCAACCAGUUGUUUUAACACUUAGUAGUGAUGAUGAUGAUAACGACAACAAUGAUGUAAUGCUUCAGGAUCCUAUUCCUGAUGAUGAUGUGAUUCCUUCUACCCCACCUCAUAAAAAGUUUCGAUCAAUGUUUUUGGGUUUAUCACAAGCAACAUAUACAACUAUGGCACCAGAUCCAGAUGAAGUGCUUGUUGCUAACAGUGAUGAUGAGCAUGGAUGAAUUCAAAAAAGUGCACAGAAAAUAAUAUCGACUAUAUGAUAUACCCAUGUAAGAGAGCUUAUUAUGUCCUUUAUUGAUCCUGUCACAAAGUUCCGAAAUGCUAUGGAUCUCCAUAUUUCAUUUCAAAAUAUGUGGCAUUUUUAUUGAUUUAUUAAAAUAAAUCACUUUUAUAGUUGC